AUGAUCGUUCGAUCAUACUCACAAAAACUUAUGAACAAGUUGAUGCAUGAUGUUUUUUAAGAAGUGAAUAGAAAAUUUAAAAUAUUUUAUUGCGUAAAACACGAAUGUGAAAGUUAAAAACGUUGCUCUUAAAUAAAACAUAAGUUGUAAAACAUAAGUUGUUAAAAGGUGACAAUUUAGAGGUUGGAAAAUGCACACAGCGCACGAAUAUAUAAGCAUGCGCAGCAAAAGUGAUGUAAAAGUGUGCGAAAUUUAAAAUAUAAUUUAAGGAUAUUUAAAAAUAUGAACUUCAGUUUUGUAACAAACAAAAUUGAAUAAUAUAUUUUUGGACCAAUGACUUUUGGACGAAACCCCUACCUCACUAAAAUUUUAAUCUAAUCUUACCUUAAAGCAUUGUGACAUUAAUGUUAAUUAUUAAAAGAUAUACGUUUAUGCACAUAUAUUUUAAUAACAAAUAUUAAUGUCGCAAUGCUUUAGGAUAGGGUUAGGUUAGAUUUUUAACCUAAAAAUGUAUUAUUUGUUUUAUUAUAAAACUAGAGUUCAUAUUUCUUAAACCGUAGAUUUGUUUGUUUUGGAAGAACUUCUAGUACAAUAUAUUAUUUGUACUCUCACAUGUUUAUAUGUCUUUCUACACCAUCGGUAUGACAAAUUUCUUAACCUCACAACUAUUAUUUUUUAGAACUUUCUAUCUUUUGUUUUACUUAAGUAUGACGAUUUUAACUUUCAUAUUCGUGUUUUGCGCAAUAAAGUAUAUAAUAUUCCGAAGUUUCAGGCAAAUCAGUGAGGAAGCCCGUCUCUUUGACAAUUACUGUAUAUUCAAAAAAUUUCAUAUAUAUUAUACAUGAUAUAAUUUUUAUACAUAUAUUUUUGCAAGACAUUUCAUAGACUUACUCUGAAAAUACUUGGUAUCAACAAACUUAAACAUAAAAAACAGCUGGGUUUCUGUUGGACUUCAUGAUGGUGACGAUACUGUUGUCUAGUGAACGAUAUUUCUGUUCAGACACUAACACUGUUCAUAGUCAUGCCAGUGAAUGGCCUGACUGGUACCACUUUAUUGGAACAGCAAAAUUUUCUAUAAACAGAAGAACAUGAUCAUACUCACAGAUGUUGCGUGAAAAAGUUUCCAUAUAUCUGAUGGUGAUCAACUUGCAUCAACUGACUGCUUCAUGAUUGGAGUAUACUUGAAACUGGAAAUGAAGUUACGUUGAUGAUAUUCAAACUUUUGUGUAUAUGUCAUACAGACAACUGAGAUAGAGAGAAAAUGAUUGUUGCAUCGUAUUAUUACAAACUUAAAGAACUAGAUAACUCUGGUAAAGCUCAUCCAGAUAUGACUAACCAGGGGAGAAACCAAUGGGAAACACAAAGAAAGAGAAAGAGGAAUUAUUCAUUUUUAUCCAAUUCACUUAUGUGCUCCACGUACAGGCUGCUUCUGCUUCUGCUUCUGCUUCGCAAUAUACUUUACAGUUCUGUAGAAAGUUUUUAGAAAGUUUUUUUGGUAUAUUUUUCAUAUAUAUAAUUUAAUUAAGUGAAAUUAAAUUCACUAUUCACUAAAAAGUUUUUCAUCCGGAAAACAAAAAUAUAAUGAGCGGCCGAGCUAAAAUCCAAAAACCGUAUCUUGAAAAGUCUGCGGAAUAUACAUAUACAACACGUUUCUGACGCCUCUUUUCUUCUUUCUCUCAACGAGUCUUAUACCAUUUUUUUCUUUACUGUUACAAAUAAUUCCGCGCAAACUACUUGCUAUUUUAUAGAUGAAUAAUUUCGCUCGCCUACUGUAGGUAAUCACCGGGAUAAUAAUUGUGUAUUAUACAGAAGGUCGUAAUGUCUUUGAAUACUAAUGAUACAUCAUAUUAUAUGGAACUUUUAAUAAUACUAAAAUGGAUAAUAGAGAAAAGAAAAAAAAAUUAUAUACUUGCGGAGAAGGAAAGGAAUACUCAGAAGAAAAAUAUGCCGCGUCGUGGAAUAAUCAUUAUCGGUAUCGUCGCCCUCACUUCGUGUCCUCGCUGCGAGACUACCAGUCCAAUGCGGCGUUCGAUUUUCCUCAAUUUGUCCGUCUCUCAAUAAAAAGUAUAUUUAUUAUUUAAGACAAUAACAAUAACGAUACACACACGCAUAGAAACCGUCGGGAAAGUGCGAUAUAAUUUUCUCGGAAAAAAUUCCUGUGGGGGAAGACUAUAAUGCAAAUUACGCGAGCGACGCCGAUCGAGACGUAGGUAGCCGCCACAGACCAGCAGAAGGAUGCAUAUACUUCCGGUGUCGUUUGCGCUGCUCACUUACACCGGUUACUGGCGACCGAUGCAUUGGCCGGCCGACUCCGUCAAGUAUUGGAUGUAUAAUAUCUACACCACCUUUAUGUUUACGCUGCUGCAGUCGUUUGUGUUUUACGGACUGGUGGACAUCUUCCUGUCGGCGAACCUGCAAGAAUUUGUAGACAAGUUUUAUCUGUUCCUCUCGGUCUUCGGCGUUUCCAUCAAGCUCAUCCACCUCUUCAUACGUCGCCGACGGAUCAUCGGUCUGGACGAGAUGCUGCUGAAGGAGAAUUGCGUCCCCCGGGACGCCGACGAAGCGUCGAUCCGGCAGAAGUUCGAGCGAAACGCGAGACAGGUCACGAUUGCUUGCGAGAUCCUGAACGAGUCCUGCGCGUUAAUGGCGACCUUCGCGCAGUUUUACCUGUUCUUGAAGACACACACCUUGCCAGUGUACAAUUGGGCGCCCUUUGAUCUCUCGUCCAUGAUCGUCUUCGUGCCUAUGUUGAUCUAUCAGUCGGUGACCUUAUGUCUGUGCGCCAAUUCCAGCGUCGCACACGAGACUCUAAUAUCCGGCCUGAUGAUUCAAAUCUGCGCUCAAUUUGAGAUUCUGUGCCAUCGCGCUCAUAUGUUACCGAUCUUGUUGAUGGAAGCUGAGAAGAACAGCCAGUCGGAGCAGGAUUUGAAAGCGCGCGAAAGACUGAUCAUCCGUGAUUUGAUAGAGCAUCAUCUUUACGUGUACAAAUUGGCACAUACAGUUAAUGCGGUCUUUACCUUGAUCAUGUUCAUCCAGUUCUCCAUGAUCUCCCUCGUUCUCUGUUUGAGUAUCUACAAGAUAUCCAACAUGACGACAUUACUCACACUUGAUUUCGCAUACGUCUUUUCUUACCUGGGCUCAAUGCUGAUGCAGAUAUUCCUUUACUGUUGGUACGGGAACGAAGUAACGCUGAAGAGCGUCGAAGUUUGCAAUGCCGUUUACGGAAUGAACUGGACAACGUUAAGAGUUCGAGUAAUGAAGGAUCUUGCAAUAAUAAUGAUGCGCGCUUCUAAACCCUUUAGAAUAUCAAGCGGUUACAUAGUGACUUUAACCACAGAAUCCUUCAUGAGUAUUCUUAAAAUAUCCUAUUCAGCAUACAACGUUCUGCACGGAUGAUGAGUAGAUAAGAAGAAAGUGUGUUGUGCUUAAUAAAAUGCAAAGAUCAAUGACUUCAUCGUAUCUCGUCUAUAUUUAGGUAAUCCUCUCUGGCUGUUGUGAUAAAACAAAAAUAAACAUUCCACUUUUUGGAAUUACUUCUCGGUGUGGUUGUAGCCAAAUAACAAACUUUCCUCAUAUUCUUCAAUAUUUGAACUCAUUCGAUACAGGUCGAUAUAAACACUCGAAUAAAUUGAAUCAAUCGAAUUUCCUCUUUCUAAAUCUCUUUUUUAUUCUGUCCACAAUAAAGUUAUCAUUAUCAAUUUAAUUGGAUCUUUUCGUGCAUGUAACGAGCCAUAAUCAAAUACAAACGUUUAUGUAACUUUUCGUAUACUCUUUGUAUUGUAAUUUAAGUGUACAAUGUCGACACGAUCGAAAUUAUCUUUGACAUUAACUUAACGUUAAAAGUAAUUAUAAAUUCAUGCGUUUGCAAAAUAAGUAUAUUCGCGUGUGCCAUUUUGUAAUUGAGCUUUCAAUUGCAGAUCUAAGAUAGUACGUGCUUAUUUAAGAUCGUGAUGCCAUUAUUAUUUCAUGAACGACGGCUGAUUGUGUUGCGAACUGAGCCACCGCGGAUUAUCGCGUUCGCCUUUGUCGAUGUCAGUCUCUCAUCGACAAAUAGUUUGAAUCAACUGAACGAAACACUCUAAUCAACGAGAGUUGAUGUCGAAGCAGCUAUGUAAACGCACCGCGAUUGUUAACACGUCGGAUUACGUACAAGUCGAAUGCACACGUAUACAAACAUUAAUUAAGCAACGAAAACCAACAAUCAUUCUCACAUGAAUAUUGGCAGAGACAUUGAUGUUAAAGCUUGUUGAAUAAUUGUACGAUUAUUGUAAUUGAUGUGUUGUAUACUACUUAAGAAUAAAAAAUUUAUU